AAAAUAAAACCCAAAAUCCUUCGAUACAAACUAAGCUUCUCCCUCGCGCUGCUUUCUUUUUAUUCCGCCUCUCUCUAUCUCUCUCUUGCUAUUUCCGCCAAAUUUAGCUUCUCCAACCUCUCUUUCCUGUUCCUGACCUUUUUAAAGGAAACACAGAGAGGCUUUUAGUUUCUUUCAAUAGAGUUAGUUCUCUCAGAAAAUUUCUUUGUAGCAUUCUUUUUCCUAAAUUGAUAUGGCUCAAGUUGUGGCUACCAGAUCGAUUCACACUUCAUUGCUGUGUCCUACCUCUGGAUCCUCACUGCAAGACCGGGCAGAUAAGCUAAAGCCUUCAAGUUUUGCGUCAAAGUUACUGUCACGCGAAGACAACAAGAGAAAUAAGAACAGCAGCCUUACAAUUUCUCGCAGAAACACUCAAAUCCAAGCUGCUAACAGAUCCACACGUGUCGAAACUGAAGUUAUUCCUGUAUCGCCUGAGGAUGUACCGCAGAGAGAGGAGCAGGUAUUGCAUUUACAGCAAUUAGGCGACACAUCAGUGAGUAUGUGGUCCAAGCCUGUAGUUAGACGGAAGACAAAGAUUGUAUGCACCAUAGGUCCAUCAACAAACACGAGGGAGAUGAUUUGGAAGCUGGCUGAAGCAGGAAUGAACGUAGCUCGACUGAAUAUGUCUCAUGGAGACCAUGCAUCUCAUCAGAAAGUUAUAGAUUUAGUUAAAGAAUAUAAUGCACAGUCCAAAGAUAAUGUCAUUGCUAUCAUGCUUGACACUAAGGGUCCUGAAGUUAGGAGUGGCGACUUGCCUCAACCGAUCAUGUUAUCACCUGGACAGGAAUUUACUUUUACAAUUCGUAGGGGGGUUGGCACUGCUGAUUGCGUUAGUGUUAACUAUGAUGAUUUUGUUAAUGAUGUAGAAGUUGGUGACAUGCUUCUUGUUGAUGGUGGUAUGAUGUCACUUCUGGUGAAGUCCAAGACAGAAGAUUCAGUGAGGUGUGAAGUAAUUGAUGGAGGAGAACUAAAGUCUAGGCGUCAUUUGAAUGUUAGAGGAAAAAGCGCGACACUGCCUUCCAUCACUGAAAAGGAUUGGGAUGACAUAAAAUUUGGAGUGGACAAUAAGGUAGACUUCUAUGCAGUUUCCUUUGUUAAAGAUGCACAGGUUGUUCAUGAAUUAAAGAAUUAUUUGCAAGGCUGUGGUGCAGACAUACAUGUGAUUGUGAAAAUUGAAAGUGCAGAUUCUAUCCCAAAUCUGCAUUCAAUAAUCACAGCAUCUGAUGGGGCAAUGGUUGCAAGAGGAGACCUUGGUGCAGAGCUUCCUAUCGAGGAGGUUCCACUCUUGCAGGAAGAAAUAAUCAGACUGUGUCGGAGUAUGGGGAAAGCUGUUAUUGUGGCAACAAAUAUGCUGGAAAGCAUGAUAGUUCAUCCAACUCCAACCCGAGCCGAGGUAUCUGACAUUGCUAUUGCUGUUCGGGAGGGUUCUGAUGCAGUCAUGCUUUCUGGAGAAACUGCUCAUGGGAAGUUCCCAUUGAAAGCUGUGAAAGUAAUGCAUACUGUUGCAUUACGAACUGAAGCAACCAUAGUUGGUGGUACAAUGCCACCAAAUCUUGGACAAGCCUUCAAGAACCACAUGAGCGAGAUGUUUGCAUAUCACGCAACCAUGAUGUCAAACACACUUGGAACCUCAAUUGUUGUCUUUACCAGGACAGGCUUCAUGGCUAUAUUAUUGAGCCAUUAUCGACCUUCUGGCACUAUUUUUGCAUUCACAAAUGAGAAGAGAAUACAACAGAGACUGGCUCUAUACCAAGGAGUAUGUCCCAUAUACAUGCAAUUUUCAGAUGAUGCUGAAGAAACCUUUGCAAAUGCCUUAUCAGUGCUCAAGAACCAAGGGAUGGUAAAGGAAGGAGAGGAAGUUGCUCUUGUUCAGAGUGGCAGACAGCCAAUCUGGCGAUUCCAAUCUACUCACAACAUUCAGGUCAGGAAAGUGUAGACACGAAGGAAAGAUAUGAUGCAGGAUUUAUGGAGGAUUUUCCUGUGCUCUAGUGAUUUGUUUUCCGCUACAAGUUUGGCAUUAUAUGUAGCUCAGUUUAUCCACUUUCUAGGUUUAACUGGUUUGUUUCUUAAAUGGUUUAUUUUUGUUUUUUCUGUUUCUUGAUUAUUUAAAGCACGUGUUAUAUGAUGCUUUAGAAGAAAUGGAAGUUGAAUGAAAAUUUAUAGUUUA